AUGAGACAAAAUCAUCACCGGCAAGCAACUUGUUCUAUUAUUGGAGAGCACUUGAAAACGAGAUAUGAAGGUGUGAAAAAAGGUCCAAAUCCAGCACAAAUAGUUAAUGAGAUGAACAAGAAUCUUGGUGUAAAGUGUAGUCAUUGGAAGGCAUGGAAGGCAAGAAAGUGCGCACAUGAACUUAUAAGGGGUUCAGCGGCAAACAGUUAUCCAAAACUCCCCUCUUACUUGUACAUGGUCCAAAAUUCUAAUCCUGGUACGUACACUAGAUUAAUUGUUGAUGAAGAACAGAAAUUCAAAUAUUUAUUUUUGUCUUUGGGAGUAUCCAUUAGAGGUUUUCGUUACAUGAGAAAAGUUAUAUCUAUUGAUGGAACUUUUAAGGGGUUCAACGGCAAACAUUUGAAAACUUAUCCUCUUGCUUUUGGUAUUGUUGAUUCUGAGAAUGAUGCAUCUUGGAAUUGGUUUUUAACAUGCUUACGAGAUCAAGUGCCUGAUACUACUGAUUUAGUGUUUAUAUCUGAUAGACACAAAAGUAUUAUAAAGGGAGUUCGAAAUGUAUAUAAAAAUGCUUACCAUGGAGCUUGUAUGUGGCAUCUUGGACAAAAUAUCAAGACAAAAUUUAGUGGUAAAGGUUUGAAAAAGUUGUUUGAGAAGACAGCAAAAGCGUACAGAGUUUCAGAGUUCACAAAGUUAUUUGCUGAGAUUUCUACAAAAAAACCAUGUCUGGCAACAUACCUGAAGAAUGCAUCUUUUGAAAGCUGGUCCAGAUGUCAUUUCCAUGGUAAUAGAUACAACAUCAUGACCACCAACAAUUUUGAGUCAUCGAACCAAGUUUUUAGAGAAGCUCGAGAAUGGCCCAUCAUUCCUUUAUUGGAGGAAAUUAUCACUACACUCUCCAGAUGGUUCUAUAAGAGAAGGAAAAAUGCAAAUUCUUGUCCAAUACCACUUACAGUUGACGCAGAAGAUAUAAUGAGACAAAGAUACGAACAAUCAAGGUACAUGAGAGUUACACCCAUUAAUCUAAGUGAGUUCCAUGUUAAAGGUGAGCCACUAGAUGACCUAGUUGAUAUUGAGGAACAUUCUUGUACAUGUCGAGAGUUUGACAUUGAUAAGAUUCCAUGUGUUCAUGGUGUCACUGCAGCAAUGCAUCGUGGAGUAGAUGUUUAUAGUCUAUGCUCAAAAUUCUACAUGACUGAAUUUUGGAGGAUGGCUUAUGUAGAAUCUAUUUACCCUUUACCACCUGACAUUGAAUGGCUUCUUCCAGAAGAGGUUAAGUCUCAAGUCAUUAUCAAACCAGUUAAGUUAAUUCCCCCAGGGAGACCAAAGAAUAAACGAAUUCCUUCGAGAGGAGAGUUUCCAAAGGAGAAGAGUAAUUUUUCACCAGAAUCGUCAUCAAAGAAAGUAAAGUGUAAGAUUUCUAAUGUUGAUGGGGGAAAAAAGCAACGGAAGUGUUCCAAUUGUGGAUGUUAUGGGCACAACAAAACCACAUGCAAGAAGUGA